ACUUUACCAUGUCAAUCUCUAUCCCCCCCUCUUCUCCAACAAAUGAAGCAUCUCACAAAAAAGAUGGGAUUGCUCCAUCACCAUAGCAGUAGCUGUUCAUAGAUCUUUUUCCCCACACACACACGCAGUCACACACACACACCUCUCCCUCUCUCACUCUCUCUCUCUCUCAAGGUUAGAUGAUAUAGUACUUGAAGAAACCUCACAGCCCUAUAUGAAGGGCCCUGCAGCUUCUGAGUAAUAUUCACAGAACAAAGUGAUGGCUGUUGCCGAUCGAUCGAAGAAGAAGCGCACUGCAACUGGAUUACAGAAGUCAAAUGGGACUUUAUCUUCUCAAACCAGCCUUGCCUACUUUGAAUCAUUGACCAUGCCUCUUGUCCAAGAAGUUGUUAUAUCCGCGGAUUUUCGAUGUGCAGAGUGUCAGAAGAGGGUAGCUCACUUGAUUUCUAAAAUGAACGGAGAGACAGAGUCUGUGGUAAUAAGUGUUUUGGAGAAGAAAGUGAUACUCACUUGUACAUAUCCUCAUGUUGUUGAAGUACCCCCACACCAAGUUGCUGCAAUAUACAGGAACCCUUUGAAAAAAAUCGCCACGAUUAAGCGACUGUUUCUCUCUUCCUGCACUUUCUAUACAUCCAAAAGGACCAUUAGAAUAUGAAAAAUACAUUUAUUAUGAGACCAAAAUGAUCAUAUGUGUUACAUGUGUAUCUCGUUCGACAUUGAUAUAUAAAGUGACAAUUUUUUUCUGCUUCCAA